AUGGCCGACUGCCACUUCUGGAAACUCCCGCUGGAGCUGAGGCGCGAGGUGUACGACCUCGUAUAUGGUCGCGACCAGACAAUAAAGCCCAAAGACACGGCCGUCCUCCUCGAACUCGACAUGUCUUCUCACACAGCCAAGGCGGUCCAGCAGGUACCAGAUCGUGUCAAAGCGAACGUCGGAGAAAUCCGGCUUGUGAGCAAGCAGUUCUACGCCGAAACAAUGCAGCGUCUGGCCGAGAUGAACACAUUCAUACUCUAUCGACGCCCCUGGUGCCUAGGUCCGAUCCCUUUCAGGUUUGCUUCCAAGGUCCGCAAACUGGUUCUGGAAUGGCGUGACUAUGAGACGAAGAGCGAAAUGGAUCUUAACCGACUAUGUCCGAAGCUCCGGAGCUUGACGCUAUCCCUCUCAGUCGAUCUCGACGAGGACAGAGUCCUAGUGCUCAAGCACGCUCCCACGGAAGCUGCGGUCCGCAAGUCGAACAUCGUCAUUGCGCUUUCGAAAGUCCGUGGUCUGAGGCACUUCGCCAUCGAGCAAUCGUCUGCUAGUCGUUCAGCGCUGUCGUCAGCUCCAAGGUGGAUCAAGAACUCGAGGGUAGUGGGGAUGCAAGAGAGGAUCGAUCUGCUCGAGGAAGUCCUCCGCUCAAUCGUCACCAGGGAAAAGAUCGAGGACAAGCUGGAGGUCAAAGCUGCAAAGAAAGGUCGCAAAGCGAAAGCUGUCUGA